AUGGCAGUCGUGGGCAGAGCCGCUGAAGGCGUUUCGCGCGGGUUCACUGCCCCUGCCGUCAAGUUUUCUUGCUGGAGGCCGAAGACAUCAUCCGACCACUCGAAUCUCCAAUUACUUCGGCCUCAGGUACAGCUUCGCAAUUUUACGUACCGGGAGCUGAAAGUCGCGUCUGGCAAUUUCAGCGAAGAGAACGUUGUCGGAGAAGUGGAGACUCGUGCUGAAGUGGAGGUUGGGAGUAUGGCCAGGCACCGGAAUCUGAUCCAACUACUCGGCUUUUGCGAUUCAACGGAACCACAAAAACCUGUCAAGAAAGGAAAGGCAAGCACAGAACCGGUGGAGCACCUGUUGGUAUAUCCAUUGGCGGUCAAAGGAACUGUGGAUUCCCAUUUGAGGGAGUGUUCUGCAUUGCAACCCCCUCUCGAUUGGCCUACCCGGAUGCACAUUGCCUUAGGAGUGGCGAGAGGGCUCUCGUAUCUUCACGAGGAUUGCAGUCUUCAGAUAAUUCACCACGACAUAAAGCCUUCGAACAUUUUGUUGGAUGAGAACUUCGAAUCUCUCAUUGCGGACUUCGGCUUGGCAAAAUUGAUGAAUCAUGAAGAUUGGAACCAGCAGAUCCAGAAGUUGGAAAGCGCCAGGGCACCACACCAGAUGGCUGCUCUGGAAAGAUCAACAGAGUUGUACAGAACCCAUCGAAUAUGUGGUACACAUGGAUUUAUACCUCCGGAGUACGCAUUACAUGGGAUGUUCUCGGUAAAGAAUGAUGUCUUCGCAUUUGGGGUGGUGCUCCUCGAGCUCAUCUCUGGUCCGAGUGUUCCUGGUUUUCGGCAGCAUGGAGCCAGAAAAGGAAUCAACGAUUUUAAGUCGGUAAAAGUUAUUGUGGAACAUAACGAGUUGGGAUGUCUGAUCGAUCCGAACAUGAGGGGAGACUACGAUGAGAAAGAGGCCGAGAAAUUAGUCAAACUGGCUCUCUUGUGCGUCCAAGAGUCACCAACAAAACGACCCACAAUGUUGGAGGCAGUCCAAGUUCUCAAAGGAAGCAGCUUAAAUGACAGAUGCGAGAGUGAAAAAGAGGAGAUGGUACUUUGUUGA